CGUAGGGGGGACGGUGGCCUGGCGGGCGGGCGAAAUCGCGCGCGUCGCUGCUCAGACGACUAGCACCUGCAUUUCCGGGGUCGUGGGACUCCUUCGAGCCCCCGAGGUGGGCUUCGGAGCACCUGGUGCAGAAUUUGAAAUCAAGUGCCUCUUUGCUGACCUAUGAACACAUGACCCAAGAAUACGCCGAGAGAAGCCUGUCCUAGAGGUUCUAUACCGACCAUAAAAAUGAGUCCUGCAGAUCCACUUGAUGAUGAAAAUACAUUUAAAAUCUUAGUUGCUACGGAUAUUCAUCUUGGAUUUAUGGAGAAAGAUGCAGUGAGAGGACCUGACACAUUUGUCACAUUUGAUGAAAUAUUAAGACUUGCCCAAGAAAAUGAAGUGGAUUUCAUUUUGUUAGGUGGUGAUCUUUUUCAUGAAAAUAAGCCCUCAAGGAAAACAUUGCAUACCUGCCUUGAGUUACUAAGAAAAUAUUGUAUGGGUGAUCGUCCUGUGCAGUUUGAAAUCAUCAGUGAUCAGUCAGUCAACUUUGGUUUUAGUAAGUUUCCAUGGGUGAACUACCAAGAUGGCAAUCUCAACAUUUCAAUUCCGGUCUUCAGCAUUCAUGGCAAUCAUGAUGAUCCCACAGGGGCAGAUGCACUCUGUGCUCUGGAUAUUUUAAGUUGUGCUGGAUUUGUAAAUCACUUUGGACGUUCAAUGUCUGUGGAGAAGAUAGACAUUAACCCAGUUUUGCUUCAAAAAGGAAGCACAAAAAUUGCUCUAUAUGGUUUAGGAUCCAUUCCAGAUGAAAGGCUCUAUCGAAUGUUUGUCAAUAAAAAAGUGACAAUGCUGAGACCAAAAGAAGAUGAGAACUCUUGGUUUAACUUAUUUGUGAUUCAUCAAAACAGGAGUAAACAUGGAAGUACUAACUUCAUUCCAGAACAGUUUUUGGAUGACUUCAUUGAUCUCAUUAUCUGGGGCCAUGAACAUGAGUGUAAAAUUGCUCCAACCAAAAAUGAGCAACAACUCUUCUACAUAUCACAGCCUGGAAGCUCUGUAGUUACUUCUCUUUCUCCAGGAGAAGCUGUAAAGAAACACGUUGGUCUUCUGCGUAUUAAAGGAAGGAAAAUGAAUAUGCAGAAAAUUCCUCUUCACACAGUGCGGCAGUUUUUUAUGGAGGAUAUUGUUCUUGCUAAUCAUCCAGACAUUUUUAACCCAGAUAAUCCUAAAGUAACCCAAGCCAUACAAAGCUUCUGUUUGGAGAAGAUUGAAGAAAUGCUUGAAAAUGCUGAACGGGAACGGCUAGGGAACUCUCAACAGCCAGAGAAGCCUCUUAUACGACUGCGAGUGGACUAUACUGGAGGUUUUGAACCUUUUAAUGUUCUUCGCUUUAGCCAGAAAUUUGUGGAUCGGGUAGCUAAUCCAAAAGAUAUUAUCCAUUUUUUCAGGCAUAGAGAACAAAAGGCAAAAACAGGAGAAGAGAUAAACUUUGGGAGAUUUAUCACAAAACCUUUAGAAGGAACAACACUUAGGGUAGAAGACCUUGUAAAACAGUAUUUUCAAACAGCAGAGAAGAAUGUUCAGCUCUCAUUACUAACAGAAAGAGGGAUGGGAGAGGCAGUACAAGAAUUUGUAGACAAGGAAGAAAAAGAUGCCAUUGAAGAACUAGUGAAAUACCAAUUGGAAAAAACACAGCGAUUUCUUAAAGAGCGUCAUAUUGAUGCACUAGAGGAUAAAAUUGAUGAAGAAGUACGUCGCUUCAGAGAAAGCAGACAAAAAAAUACCAAUGAAGAGGAUGAUGAAGUUCGAGAGGCGAUGAAUAGGGCCCGAGCUCUCAGAUCUCAGUCAGAAGAUCUCAUCUCUGCCUUUUGCACUGAUGACCUCACUAGUAAAGAUUUAACAGAACAAAUGGCUGAUGACUCUGAUGACAGCAUCUCACCAGCAUCCAGCAGAGGAAGAGGCCGAGGCAGAGGACGAAGAGGAGGCAGAGGGCAGAAUUCAGCAUCAAGAGGAGGGACUCAGAGAGGCCGAGGCACUGGUCUGGAUAUUUCUACUCAAAGCAGGAGUUCAAAGGCCACUGGGUCAACAUUUAGAAAUAUGUCUAUCGUAGAUGAUUUUGAAUAA